CACCCAUAAUCAUUUGACGUCUAUUAAUGCAUCUAUUUUCUACGGGCUCAAUAAGCUUGACUUAGCGUCGUUCCAAGGAAAUCCGAUCACUACCAUUGAACCUGGUGCUCUGAAUGGUUUGCCUACGUUGAGGGAUGUGCGACUUCUUUCUUCUGACAGAAUUCGCCUUCAGCCAAAUACAUUUGUUGGCCCUUCUAAGAUUGAGUUAUUAGUUGUUCGAGACGAACGAGUCUGUUGCAUCAUUCCAGAAAGCUUCGGGUGUACAACACGAGAACUGCCACAUCCGCUCUUCACAUGUCGAAGGACAUUCCUCCAAAAUAUGACCAUCAAAGUGUUCAUCUGGAUCCUUAGCAUCAGUGCCUUGCUUGGUAAUGGGUUUGUCAUCUUCACAAGAUUGCGGGAUAAACCGAAAACAGCCACUGCUUCUGUUCAAUCCACCUUGAUCAGCAACCUUGCCGUGUCGGAUUUCUUGAUGGGUAUAUACAUGUUGAUCAUUGCUGUCAUGGAUCUGUACAUUGGUGAAGCGUACUUCUGGGAUGGCAUCGGGAACGAGUGGCGAACCAGCAAUGCUUGUCAAAUCGCUGGCGUUGAUCGCUUCAUCGUCAUCCAGUUCCCGUUUAGUCAGAAUCGUCUGGGUGUCAAGUCCUCCCGUGUAUUUGCGGCGAUUGCGUGGCUUCUGGCAUUGAUCCUCAGUGUUGUCUAUCUCCUCCUGAACCAGCUGGAAUCUGACGCACACGGCUUGAGUGAUGUCUGCGUGGGACUUCCGCUCAUCCGCAAGUUCUCCUCCGUAUACUCGGAGGUGGACAGCUACACUUUGACUCGCUACGGCCUCACCACCUUCAACUUUCUUGCCUCUGGAACGUCCCCCACCUGGCAGUUUUCCAUUGCCAUCUACCUGGGAGUGAACCUCGUCAGUUUCCUGGUCAUCAUCUGCUGCUACGUCGCCAUUUUCUUCAGCGUUCGCUCGAGCAGGAAGGCGGCAGGAAAGAAGUCGGCCACUGAGAUCAAGAUGGCGCGCAAGCUGUUUUUCAUCGUUGGGACCGACUUCUUUUGCUGGAUGCCUAUCAUUAUCAUGGGGAUCUUCACCCAAGCUGGUGUCAUCACUCUCUCAUCCAAUAUCUACGCUUGGUUGGUGGUCUUUGUUCUGCCCAUCAAUUCCUCUAUCAAUCCUUUCCUCUAUACCCUCAUCGAAAAAGUAACCAAAUAA